AUCCCAUCCAUCCCCGUCAGACUGCGGGCGGUCAGUAAAGUGGACACGACCCGCCUCUGAGCUCUCAGACGUACGCAAGGACCUCUGUGAUGAACAACAUCUGGAUAACUGGAAAGCAGAGGGGAUGACACUACCAGAGAAAAUACCCCCGGUGCCUCCUUAUCUACUGUUUCAAGGAGUUAAAAAGGAAAUGCAUUCCCAAAUCCACGACAGACUGAAUGAGAUAUCUUUAACAAACACCAGCCUCUGGGUGCAUUUGGCGAUGGAAAACCCGAACUUUACGCACGGAUCUGUGUCCACCAACGAGACGGCGGUUCAGCCCUCACAGGACCACAGCGUCCACACAGGAAUCGCUUUACCGAUUUUUAUGUUUGCCGGAGGCGCCAUUGGGAAUUUAAUUGCAAUAAUCGUCCUUUCAGUGUCAAGACAAGAGAGGAAAUCUUCAGCUUUUUACACGCUGGUUUGCGGUCUGGCGGUGACGGACCUGCUGGGUACCUGCCUGGCUAGUCCGCUCACCAUAGCCAACUACAUGGCGCAGAACGUGCUGGAAAACUCACACGUCUGCGAGUUUGACUCCUUUUUGUUGUUGUUUUUCAGUUUAACAGGACUGAGCAUCAUAUGCGCCAUGGCAGCAGAGCGGUACCUGGCUAUAUGCUGCCCGUACAUGUACGAGCGCUGGGGGGUGGACCGACGCUUUGCGCAAAAGUUCCUUUUCUUCAUCUACAUCAGUCACAUUUUCUUCUGCUGCCUCCCGAUGAUGGGCAUUGCGAAGAGCCAGCUGCAGUCGUCCCACACUUGGUGCUUCAUCGACUGGAGGACAGACGCGUACGUGGCCGCCUCUUACUCGGUCUUGUACGGCGUCGUCAGCCUGCUGCUCAUCCUCGGCACCAUCGCGUUGAACCUGGCCGUGUGCGGAGCGCUGCUGCUGAUGCGGCAGAGGACCGUGCAGGGGCCCGUCACCAGAGGCAGCGUCCGGGAGAGGUGGAGGGCUCUGUCCUCGGCCGCAGAGACGCAGAUGAUCGCGGUGCUGGUGAUGACCUCCGUGGUGGUUCUGGCCUGUUCGGCCCCGUUAGUGGUCAGAGUGUUUGCCAACUGCUUCUUGCUGAAUGAUGACCCCAAAGCAGACCUGGCAGCCAUCCGGAUAGCCUCUGUUAACCCCAUCCUCGACCCCUGGAUCUACAUCCUUCUCAGGAAGUCUCUGUUUCGUCGGUUACUCAGCUUAUCCAGGCGAAACAGCAGCAUUCGCAGUAAUUCGACCCCCAUACGGCAGAGUAAUCUGUUUUAUCCUGAACUGAUGACGGACAACCACGUGUUCGCCCAGCUGAUGUGCAACGCAAACAUCAUCACUCAUCUGCCUGCCACAGUGAAAUUCACUCCGUACGACACAGAGAGCCUCAAUCAGACUUAAGACAGACUGCAGACACGUUGGACAGCUUUGGAUGUUGGAAGGACCUUGUGGGCUCACAGUUGGACGGGAUCCUCAGAGCUCCUGCAGGAGUGGAGGGCCGCUCUGAUUGCACCUGUGCGGACAUCUCCGCAGGACAGACACAGGACGGAUGAGAAAAUUCUGCUCGACUCGGUUAUUAUUAUUAAAUUGCAAACAUUAAGACGUGACUGAGUCUUUAUUUUGUGCCGGUCGCUGUCGUCCAGCAUCUCCCCUCGUUGUCGUCACCUCACGCCCAUCUGCUCCUUCAGUCAGUUCAUGUGGAUUAAUCAGCUGUGGGAUUAGUGCACAGCUCCUGCAGAUAAAGCUGUAGCUCAUUUCACCUGGAGACAGUGUUCAGAGGCCCAGUGACACUUUGCAGACCUACUGUUAAAAGUCCUGUUUUCAUGGAACAGAAAUCACAAUGCUUGGACAUCAUAACGGUCUGUUUAAAACUCACUGCUAUUUUUCUGUGCCGUGUUUUGAGAUGUGCAGGCAGAUUUGGAGAAAGAUUUUGAAACACUGAUGUGAACUCAAUGAAGCACUGACCAAAAGCUACUGAUGCAUGUUUUUAUUAAAGAUCCUAAGAUCCUGUAGCUUGAGUCCCGGUGUCUUCUGACUCCUCUGCUCAAGUAUUCAGUAUUUCCAUUUUAUGCUACCUUAGACUUCUACUACAUUUAAGAGGGGCAUAAUUUGAACUUUUUACUCCAUCAGUUUUUAUUUGACUAAUUUAGUUACUUGUUCAUUAUCAGAUUACAUGAAAAACACACACUGAUGCACUCCUGUUACAGACUUCUCACAUUAUUUUCAUUUAACAGAUCAAAUAAUUUAAUAUGCCAAAGAUUAGAGAAAAACAUUCUCCAGUAACCAUCACAUGACCCCUCAGAUUCAUCUUGUGACCCUUUGGAUGAGCUGAAUGUUAAGGUUGGGAGCCUCUGGACUAAACUCCCAGACAACCAAACUGUUCAUAAAUAAUAAUGCAGUACUUUUACUUUUGAUACUCUCAGCACAGUAUAAUAGUAAUACCUGUGAUAUUGAAUGCAGUACUUUCACUUAUUGUGUA